GCCCCGCGCGAGCUCAUCAUGCCGCCGGCCGCUCCACCACUCGUCUGAGAUCACCCCGUUCUAAAAACAUCCCCUAUCUUAAUCCUCCGAUAAAACCAAGUCCCCCCGAUCACCAAAGAACGACUGUGAACUGACCACGUGAUAUACAUGUGCUUUUACUAUUACUACGCAGUGCAAUGUACAGUAUUUGGUGGCUGAUGCUUGUGUGUGUGUGACCGCGUGGUAAAGGAAACUUCGAAAGAUGAAGCUCUGUACAUAUUUACUGCUGAGUUUCUUGGCAGUACGCGCAACACCAGAGCCCCGCAGUUCGCCCACGAUCACAGAACCGCCCCACCACGUCGAGUUUACCAACGACACAGGCACCAUGCUGUCGUGCUCCACAAGAGGACAGUACCAGCUGGACUGGCUACUCUCCGACAACAGCCCAGUGACGUCGCUCGCAGGACUGCGAAGGGUGCUCGCGAACGGCUCGCUAGAGUUCCCGCCAUUCCCCGCUGAAAGAUACAGGCGGGACAUCCACGCAGCCACUUACAGGUGUAGGCUGCGAUUGAGUAGCGGUUUUGCUAUGUUGUCAAAAAACAUUCACAUACACGGUGUGCUGAAUAUACCCUGGGAAGUGCACGUGCCAGACGAGUACGUGAUGGCGGGAAACGCAGCAGUGUUGCGAUGCAUCGUGCCAUCGCACUGCUCAGAGCGAGUCGAUGACACCGACUGGUUCACCGACGAUGACACCAGUGUGUUCCAAUAUUUAGGGUCAAAAUACUCUCGUCUGGACGACGGGUCUCUAUACAUAAGGGCAGUGAGUCCAGGCGACCGCUACUCGGCGUUCCGGUGCCGUGUCCGGGACAGAAUCACCGGAUCUUUGUAUUCUAGUAAAUAUUUUGGUCACAUCAUAGUGACAGAACCAAAAGGCGGGGUGCGUCCUCGCAUAGCAGUGGAGCCUCGCUCCCGCAGGGUGCAAGUCGGCCACGACGUGCGGUUACCGUGUGCAGCGCACGCGUGGCCUGUACCUAGUUAUAGGUGGUUUCGUGAACACCACGAGUUGUUAAUACCGAUAGAGAAGACAUCACUAUGGCCGAGAGCGACGAUACUUGGCGGUCUUCUCAGCAUACAGAAGCUACAACGGGAGGACGCCGGCAGGUUUAUAUGCUGGCUGAACAACACGGCUGGUGGAGAGUCAGCCCAUUUCACUAUAAUUGUUACAGAACGAAUAUCCGUCCGAAUCAAACCAGAAAUGCUAAGAACAAAAUUCAACAUAGAUGUCAAUUUUGAUUGCAAAGUAUCAGGGCAUCCUAUAGAAAUGGUUUAUUGGAUACACGAUGGAAAAGUUAUGAAAAACUCGGACCGAGUCAGGAUGUCGGAAGACGGUCUAAGAUUACAUAUCAAAAACACACAGCAAAACGACCAGGGGAUUUACCAGUGCUUCGCAAGUAACACAAGGGACCAGGCCUACGGUACCGCGGAAUACAUUGUAACUGUAUCAGAGAGUCGGGCGCGAAAUGCAGGAAAUAGGUCUCGAAGGACGCCUUACGCUCGCAGCACACACACACAUGACGCUGACUGGAACUUCACUGGCACUAGAGAGUCAAAACCGGAGUUAGUAUACUGGUUCUCGGAGCAGACUUUACAACCGGGGCCGAGUGUGUCACUAAAGUGCGUUGCAAUGGGUCACCCGCCUCCACAAUUCACAUGGCUGUUGGAUGGAUUCCCUAUUCCAACAAAUUCAAGAUUCGUCGUGGGCCAGCACGUUACCCUGCAAGACGAUGUUGUCAGCCAUCUUAACAUCAGCAGAGUUACAGAACAAGAUGGCGGUGAAUACGCAUGUGUUGCCAGCAAUACAGCGGGCAAAGCACUUCAUGCAGCAAGAGUUAACGUUUAUGGGCUACCGUAUAUACGAGAAAUGCCUAAAGUAACAGCUGUUGCAGGCAGUGAUUUGAACAUAAAGUGUCCUGUUGCUGGGUACCCCAUUGAAUCCAUUACGUGGGAAAGAGAUGGUCAAACAUUGCCUUUAAACAGAAGACAAAAGGUGUUUCCAAAUGGGACUCUAAUCGUAGAACAGACGCAAAGAGGGGAAGACGCUGGUACUUACACUUGUCAGGCUGCUAACCGACAACGCCACGUCGCACGACGGGAUGUUGAAGUCCAGAUAUUAGUGCAACCGAAGAUAUUGCCGAUUCAGCCACUGACGAAUUUACUAAGGGAGGGUAUGAGAGCAGCUAUUUCCUGUCAGAUAUUGGAGGGCGAUUUGCCGAUUGCAUUCCGAUGGGAGAAAAAUGGCCAGCCGGUGACGUCGUCGCCAUAUGCACCGAGCGGGAUAAUAACUAGGCGGAUGGACGAGUACAGUGCGUCGCUUGUGAUAGAGCAUAUCACGUCGCUGCACAGUGGAAAUUAUACGUGCAUAGCUUCCAACGUUGCAGGAUCUGAGCGGUUUACUGUACCGCUUACUGUGAAUGUACCCCCUCGGUGGCGUCUCGAACCAAACGAUGUGGCCGUUGCCGCUGGCCAAGAUGUGACUCUACAAUGCCAAGCAGAUGGCUAUCCGAAACCUAACAUCACUUGGAAAAAAGCUGUUGGGAAUACGCCCGGCGAAUACAAGGACUUCAUGUUCGAAGGAAGCUCUCGUGUCAUGGAGAAUGGAUCACUAGUCUUCGAAAGAGUGGCAAAGGAUAGCGAAGGACAUUACUUAUGCGAGGCCAGAAACGAUAUAGGAGCAGGGCUCAGUAAACUAAUCUUUUUGAAAGUGAACGCACCAGCCAGAUUUCCUAUGAAAAGCAAAACUGUACAAGUUACGGCUGGGGAAGCCGCUCACUUGCAGUGCGCCGCUUCUGGUGACGCUCCUUUAGAAGUUAGCUGGCGAAGUCCUCACCACCACACGAUUGCUCAUCAUUUAGACCAACGAUACACGAUCAGAGAACAAGUGCUUGACGACGGUCUGGUGUCAGAACUAAGUAUACUGCAGACAUAUCGCCAAGAUACGGGUGCUUUAACGUGUCGUGCUUCCAACGCAUAUGGUCAGGAUGAGAUGCUCAUACAUCUGGUGGUACAAGAGGUUCCAGAAAUGCCAAAAAAUAUAAGAAUAAUAGACCAGCAAUCGCGAUCUAUACAAAUAUCUUGGACGCAGCCGUACGCAGGGAACAGUCCUAUUAUUAACUACAUAGUUCAAUAUAAAGAAGCCCCGGAACCAUGGCCAACCACACCCCAGAAAGUAAUCGUACCUGGCAGUGUCACAUCUGCAAGCGUUCAAAACCUCCAACCUGCCACUUCUUAUCAUUUAAGAAUCAUCGCCGAAAACCGUUUGGGACAGAGCGAACCUAGUCAACUCGUACAAGUUACUACUACAGAAGAAGUACCCAGUGGACCACCAUUGGACGUACGCGUGGAAGCCAAAAGUUCAACAGAAUUAACAGUUAGUUGGGACCCACCACAACGAGAUCUAUGGAAUGGAAACAUCCUGGGAUAUUAUGUGGGGUUUCAAGAACUAAACAGCAAUAGCACAGUCCUAAGCGCAAGUGGUCCUGGCGGAGCAUCUUAUACCGUAAGAACGGUUGAGGGCACAGGAGUGGCGCGAGCUCGUACGACGUUGUCAGGGCUUCAGAAACACGCAGCGUAUGCCAUUGUAGUUCAAGCGUACAACAGCAGAGGCGCGGGGCCUGCCUCGCCACCAACCACUGCUACUACUAUGGAAGAUGUACCCAGUCUACCUCCCGGAUCGCUACAAUGUACGGCACUAAGCUCCCAAUCAGUUCGUGUGACUUGGGAACCACCACCAAUGCGUGGACGUAACGGAGUGUUACAAGGCUAUAGAGUAACAUAUGCCCCUGUCACGGACUGGUAUGGAAGUGAAGAAGCAGUAACAAAGCAAAUAUCUGGAUUGCAUACAACGCUAUCAGGACUGCGUCGCUACACAAACUACUCCGUGACUGUGUGCGCUUUUACUGCCGCGGGUGAUGGUGUGAGAGCAGCGCCUGUUUAUUGCCAUACAGAGGAAGAUGUUCCAUCGGCACCAGCGGAUAUAAAGGCAGUAGUAUCAUCUAGAAACAAAAUUUUGGUAUCAUGGCUGCCGCCUGCUUCCCCCAAUGGUGUUCUUGUUGGAUAUACACUUUAUAUGAGUGUCAUAGAAGAUGGAAGGGAAGAAGGGACCCACAAACGCAUGCUCUCACCGAGCACCUUAUCGCACGAUACUGCCAGAUCUCCACCACGGGCCACUCAUCAAUUCUGGGUAUCAGCCUCUACACGUCUUGGCGAAGGAGAUGCCACGAGAGUUGUCACCGUACUGCCCUCUGAUAGUGUGCCCGCUAGAAUAACAUCAUUUAGCCGAAGCAUAGUAACACCUUGGAAGGAGAACAUUUCACUGGCAUGCAACAAAGUUGGUAUUCCAACACCUUCUACGACAUGGAGUAUGAACGGUGCUCUUUUGGAAUCCACGUUGCGGAAAAACGUGUCAAGCGACGGCACCCUUAUAAUUAGCAUGACACAAUACGCAGACAGUGGAAACUAUACUUGUUUGGUAGAGAACGCCCACGGACGCGACGAAGUCACGUAUGGCGUAGAAGUCAAAGUGCCUCCUCAGCCACCAGUUUUGGCGGUUGUGGAUUCCUACGCAGAUUCUCUGCAUUUACAGUGGAGUGAUCAGGGAGACGGUGGCAGCCCAAUUUUAGGUUAUGUAAUAAACUACAAGCGCGAGCACGGGGAUUGGGAAGAACUGCAGGUAGAGGCCGGUACAUCGGAACACGUGCUUCCUAAUCUUUGGUGUGGGACCCGCUACCAGUUAUACAUAACCGCUUUCAACCGCAUCGGCACGGGCCUGCCUUGUGAUAUUGUGCACGCGUAUACCAAAGGCACAGUGCCUGUAAAACCGAAACACUCGCAAAUGAUCACUCUCAACACGACAACGGUCACCGUUUGGCUGGAUUCAUGGGGUGAUGGGGGUUGCGGGAUUUUAUACUUUGUCAUCGAGUACCGAGAGGUCAGCCAAUCACAGUGGCGCCUCGUGUCAAACAGCGUGCAAGCCACAGAACGAGUUUUCAGCGUCACGGGACUAUCGCCUGCCACACACUAUCAGUUGCGAAUCACUGCUCACAACAACGCAGGACAUGCGCUCGCGCUUUACAACUUUACAACGCACUCGCUUAGUGGCAUGCUUGAAGGCGAAGUGUCCCCUGCAGUCCCAGCAGCGGGCACCAGAUCCUUCGGCGGAGCUCGAGUGUUGUUGCCUGCAGCACUUUCUCUUCUCGUUCUAGCGGCAUUGGUCGCAAUUGUGCUUCUGGUGCGAAGGAACAAAGCUGGUCCAACGGAAACAGCGCAACCAGAGAGCGGUGUAGGUGAAUCCCCAUCAGUCGCCCAAUUGCAGAACAAAGUGAAUCGCGAUCAACAAUACUUGGCGACCAGAGCACAACAUCCGGCACCUCAACAUCAUUACAAACACGCUUCUAAUGAAUACAUUGAAGAUAUCUGUCCGUACGCGACGUUCCAGUUAACAAAGCCUAGUGCAUACAGUGAAAGCAGCUACAGCGGGAACGUGUACAGCGGCCCCUACCACUCCGUGCGAGGUUCAUUCGUCUAUCACGACCUCAAGCAAAACGAUAAAUAUAAAGGUAAAGAGCCAGAAUAUACAAAAGUACGAAGAAAAGGAAAUAGGCUUAGAGAUCCACAUUCAGAAAGUCAAGAGUCGGACAACUUGGGCUCGACGGACUCGGAGGUGAAGAAGAUACUAACGCUGCACCUGCCCAUUACAGAGUACGAAGACGACGCGAGCGACGACGCGAGCGCGCCGCACUCCGACAGCGAGCCGGGCGCGAGGCUGCGGCCUGCGCACCCUACCGCUUACCCGAGCGUAGAGCGGGAGUCGUCGUCGUCUUCGUCGGGCGAGUCGGUGGGCGGGGCGGUGCGCAAGGCGUUCCCGUCGCGCAAGGGCAAGGCGGGCGCGCUGGGCAAGCGCCACGUGCGCUCCUCCAGCGGCUACAGCAGCCACAACGACGAAACCACGUUUAGUAUAUCGAACUACCCGUCGUACACCGAGCACAUCCACCCUCCGUCGCGGUUUUCAGACGACACCGAGUGCGAGGGGCACCCGCGCCGCAAGCGCGCGCACGCGCUCGCCAGCGACCCCAAGAUGACACGCGAAGCCUUCCAGAUUAACGUGUGAAACACCCCUAAGGUAAACCCCAUAUCACGGAAACGCAACACGCAAUGUAUGCCAAACCUCGUCUUACCAACGUCAUUUCGAAAAAUACGUGUAACUUUUAUGCAUUUUUGGCGAAUGGUAUUGGCGAAAAGUGUUUGCAAAAUAAGAAUUUAUGUACGUUCUAGAUACGCUAUAUUUUUUACGAUUUUUAGUAUUGAGAAAGUUUUGCUCAGUGGUUUAAAUUUCUAUUAUAAAUUUUUAGUAUGAGUUAUUUUAUAAUACAAUAAUAUCAGUAUUUUUAAGUUACUUAUCGAAAAAAAAUGUAGCGUAUUUUUCUUUUCUUAUGCUUACGUACCUAAUGUAUUCUUACUGCUGGUCUCGUUCAAAAUUUGAGGAAUUAGUCCAAAAUGUACUUGGAAUCUAAGCCGAAAGUAUUGAGGAUACAUACUUAAUAACGAAAAUUGUGAUCAUACUUCGAAACAAUUCUAGUCUGAUUUUACUGAUGAUGUAUUCAACCUUUGUGAUUCAAUUGUGGGGUCAAUUUUCAGUUUACAAGUUCCAUUUGAUAUAAUGUUAAAAGCUGUUCCUAUUUACCUAUUUGCGAUCAAAUUUUGACAAGGAAAUGGUGAUUAGAUUUAUUUAUACGAACUAUACUUUGAACUUCUAUGUAAACAGAUUGGCCUCACAAAAAUUCUUGCCAAAAUAACUCAAUAUUUCUAGGCAUGUAAAUAUACUGUAGAUAGAUAGUUAUAGUAAAACAAUUACUCACACCGCGAGACGGUUGUCAAAAAUCUAUGUAUCGAAAGGUUCAUCUAGCUAACUUUCUGUUACCGGUGUAGUAAUACUGCCACUGGGUUAACAAUGUAUGCAACUGAAUUAUACACGAAUUAGUAUAUUAUUAAUUAGCAAUACAAUAUUGAUUUUAUAAAUUGAUAUGCUUCGCGAUUGAUAAUAACACAUAAUAUAUUUCUAUAUAUCACUUGAUAUGCAUGUGUAGAUUUCUUACGAUCGUCUCUUGGACUAUUAGUGCCACGUAUAACAAUAAUCAUUUUGUACUCUGUACUCAAAACUCCGAGAUAUAUAAAGAACUUUAUGAAUACGUUAAUGCGAUGUUAUAAUAUAACAAUGAUAAUAAGCAGGGUGCUUACUAAGCGCGGCAAUAUCGCGAUGCUAUGCUUUGUUUGGCAGAUCAGUUGAUGUGAACCUCUGCCUCGAGAGAGGCAUGCGAAUUUGCCUCGGUCGAGGCGCGUCCAUACCAACCGCGCUACCAGGUAAAGCAAUGCCCCACGUUGCUGCUGGGCUUAGUAAAAACCCAGCUAUUUAUUAAUGAAUAUGUAUUUCAAAAAAACUGUCAAAGGCUCUAAUGGCGACGUUUUGUAAAUAUUGUUGUAAUAAAUGUGUAUUGAAUAUCAAAUGUAAAAUUAAGGAGAACAAUAAUUAAAAGUAAAUUUAUAUUUUAAAAGUUUAUACUUAAUGCCUUAUUGACCAAAGUCGUAAAACUAGUUACGGAUACGAUUCCAGAGUUGUAUCACAUAUUUAAUUAUUGGUCUAAGAGCUGGUGGACGAUUUCUUCUCAGCGUCCCAUACCGGUCUAAAUUGCAUCUACAUCAUCAUCAUCAUCAGCGAUCGGGCUGUGCAAAUCCAAUUCUUAUCCACCCCUUUAAAUACGCUCACAACAAUAAUAUCCACGCGAUAUUAA